CAGGGUCUUGCCUUUGCUCCGCUCCGGCAGUUCUCCAGUCUCCGCCACCGCGAUCUGUCCGUCCUCCAUUUGCGGCGGCGGCGGCGGCGAUGGCGCUCUCCUCCUCCCGGCCGCACCACCUCCUGCGCCCGCUCCUCCGCGGCUUCCACGCCUCCGCGCAGGCCCUGGCGCGCGCGGAGCCGCACGAGUUCUCCAAGCCUAGCGGCUACCUGGGCAGCUGGGAGCCCGCGGGGGAGCCCCGUGAGGCGUGGGCGCAGCUGGACCGGCUGCGCAAGGGGUACGCGCGCGACGUGCGGCAGCUGCGGCGGGAGUACGCGUACGAGGUGCAGCUGAUGGAGGCCGAGCGGCAGCGGAAGGCCGAGGCGCGCGCCGAGGCCGCCCGCGUCGCCAACGAGGAGCGCAAGGCAGCCAAGGCCGCCGCCGCGCAGACUCGCGCGGCCGAGCGGCGCGCGUUCGAGGAGGACUUCCGCCAGGCCCUUAUGAAAGAAAGAGCCGAGAAGCUGGAGAGCUGGCGGAAAAAGGAGAAGCUUCGGGAGCAGAAGAAGGCGGAGCAGAAGGAGCUCCUGCGCAAGAAGAGCAGUGUGUGGCUUUCUGAAAAUAAACUUGAAGAUCAAAUACUCGAUGCUAUCAGGAACACCACUCCUCUAUAAGGAAGCCAAUGGGGUUGCAUGAACUAGGAUGAUGAACAUCACAGAGACGCUUCUGUCAUCCCCCUGAGAACUUGAUCAAAGGCAGCAGCCAGCAUAAUGAGUAAUAAGAUUGAACUUCGGCUUUCAGAUGUAAUGACAUGUGUUUAUUAGAUAGACUUAGAUUGGGUUUACACCAAUGUGCUUUGGGUUUUUUGGAAUUGAUUGCACGUUAAGGAGAUGAUGGCUCUACCUAAUUCAUGAUUAAGAAGAAAUGGUUUAGCGUGCACUUGUGAACUUCCUCUGUCCAAAGAUGCUGACCUUCUUUUCUUGCUAUGGAUUUCUAAUUUGCAUAAAUUAUUGGCAAGAUCUAGAUGAUACAGACAUUGCAGUCCUGAUA